CUUUUUGAUUCUGAUGGCCGUCAACAUGGCGGCUGUGGAGUGAGACGCAUGUCUAAACUUUGUUCCGACAAUUGAUAUUUUGCCUCGCGUAUAUUGUUUACGUGAAAGAAAGCCGUCGAACAAAAAAAUGUCACGCCACAGGAAUGUCCGAGGUUAUAACUACGACGAAGACUUUGAGGAUGAUGACUUGUACGGGCAGUCAGUGGAGGAUGACUACUGCAUCUCUCCUGCCACUGCUGCACAGUUUAUCUAUUCACGCCAAGACUCAAGGCAGGCUCGACAUGUAGAGACCGUGGAGGAGGCAGAAUAUGAGGAGGAGGAAGAGGAGAUGCCAACCUCUCCAACCAUCACAAGCACACUAGAUCCGCUAAAGCAAGGUCAGUUGUUUUCCUGUUUGGAUCACAUGAGAGAAGUACUAGGAGACUCAGUUCCAGACUCCUCACUGACUCAGGCAGCUCUUAAAUACGACUGCGACCCUCACCGGGCCCUUGAUUUCAUUCUAACUGAGGAGAACGCCAAUACACACGCCCCUCCUGUCAGAACCAACGCACAGCCCGAGCCUACCACCACAGCUGCACCACAGAAAGGAGCCUUAUUUUCUCCAUCACACGACAGUAUUAAGACUGUAUCAAGUGCACAUUCAGGCAAACCCCUGAAACGAGACGGUGCAAAAGUACGGGACGCUCCAGAGAGUCGUGUCGAAGCAGAGGUUGUCCCUAAGGUUGCCCGGAUGACUGUGUCAGGCAAGAAGCAGACCAUGGGCUUUGAUGUGCGAAGCCCGGAAGAAAAUGGCGUUGUUGCUUCAUCGGUUCGCAGAGGGCAAAGUCCAGAGGUCACUGCUGCACCAACCACAGAAACCCCAUCCAAAACAGGGGUUAUGACUGAAGACCCUACCGCUACGACCCCAUCUCGGCCAGCUGGAAAGAGCAAACAGCAGCUCAACAUCCGUGCCGAACUGGAGAAAAGACAAGGAGGAAAACCGUUACUCAAUCUGGUGGUCAUAGGUCAUGUAGAUGCUGGUAAGAGCACCCUCAUGGGUCAUCUGUUGUAUCUGCUGGGGAACGUUAAUAAGAGAACCAUGCAUAAAUAUGAGCAGGAGGCCAAGAAAGCUGGCAAGGCCUCGUUCGCCUAUGCGUGGGUACUGGAUGAGACCGGAGAGGAAAGAGACAGAGGAGUGACCAUGGAUGUGGGCAUGACAAAGUUUGAGACGGACUCGAAGGUUGUUACUCUGAUGGACGCACCAGGACACAAAGACUUCAUUCCGAACAUGAUCACGGGGGCGGCACAGGCAGAUGUGGCUGUGUUAGUCGUAGAUGCCAGCCGUGGGGAGUUUGAGGCCGGGUUUGAGGCAGGGGGGCAGACCCGCGAGCACGGCCUGCUGGUUCGAUCCCUCGGAGUCACACAGCUUGCUGUUGCUGUCAACAAGAUGGACCAGGUUAACUGGCAGCAGGAGAGGUUCCAGGAAAUCAUCUCUAAGCUCGGUCACUUUCUAAAGCAGGCUGGUUUUAAGGAUUCUGAUGUGUAUUACAUCCCCACCAGUGGCCUAUCAGGAGAGAAUCUGACCACUAGGAGCAAAGUAGCAGACCUUACAGCCUGGUACACUGGACCAUGUCUGCUGGAACAGAUAGAUGCCUUCAAACCUCCCCAGAGGUCAGUGGAGAAGCCGUUCAGGCUUUGUGUCUCAGACGUCUUCAAAGACCAGGGCUCUGGAUUCUGUGUGACGGGGAAGGUUGAGGCUGGCUUCAUUCAAACAGGAGAUAAAGCUCUGGUCAUGCCUCCUAAUGAGACCUGCACUGUUAAAGGGAUCACUCUCCAUGAUGAAGCAUUAGACUGGGCAGCUGCCGGUGAUCAUGUCAGUCUAACUGUAACAGGCAUGGACAUCAUCAAAAUAAACAUUGGAUGUAUAUUCUGUGACCCCAAAGAGCCCAUCAGAGCCUGCACAAGAUUCAGAGCAAGAAUUCUUCUCUUUAAUAUAGAACUCCCCAUCACGCAAGGCUUCCCUGUGCUGUUGCAUUAUCAGACUGUAAGCGAACCGGCCACUAUUAGGAAGUUAGUCAGUAUAUUACACAAGAGCAGCGGAGAAGUUCUCAAGAAGAAACCAAAGUGUUUGAGUAAAGGACAGAACGCAGUGGUGGAGAUUCAAACGCAGAGGCCUGUGGCUCUAGAGCUCUAUAAGGACUAUAAAGAACUGGGGCGGUUCAUGCUGAGAUAUGUGGGCUCCACCAUUGCUGCUGGAGUCGUCACAGAGAUCAAAGAGUAAGGACCAGUCGGAACUGGAAGAGCGGAGAGAAGUGCAAUUUCCCCUCAAACACAAAUUGAAUUCACCGGGCAACCUGACAGUGAUUCUAGCCACAGUUCAUUUCACCUUUCACAAGUCUAAAGGCAGGAGAGAGCGUGAAUGUGUGUGUUAAAGAGAGAAUGCCUUUUGUCCUGCUCUUCAGCUUACAAAAUACAACUGAACUGUAAUUCAUCCCAAGUUUCAACUCGAACCCUCCUAAUAACACGCAGGAACAGACAGAAAGAUCGCCCGCUGCCGUUCAAUAAUUGCGUCAACAAACUGAACUCAUAUUCUUUUAUUUAAUAUUUUAUUUAGAUUAUUGUAAAUGGCAUUAUUUUUGACUAAAUUGGCAGAAUAUAAUGGACAUUUAGGCUUGGUUUAACUUGAAAUCGAAGGAUUUUAAGGUUGGUUCUGAUUAGUUAAAGAUGUGGACAUUUGUAAAAGGGGAAAUAGAAGACAAUAAACAACAUAUCUGGCUGCUCUCAUCUCCUCCACCAGUUUCUCGUAUGAGCGGGACAGUGUGUGAAUGAAACCUGCCCUUCCAUUGCUGCUACUAAGUCUUUUCCUGAUCUUUAAUGGGUCAGUGACAAGAAAACGGGAGGAUUGAGAACCAGUGGACAAAGGGAUAUUUCGUGAAACUCAUCCGGUGUCUGUAAUCUAACAGUAAUCGCUUUAAGGACCUAACGGACUUACUCAUCUGUUUUUGAGUUGUUUAUUAAGGGGUUUUAAUUUGAAGAACAUCUGUUUGGGUGUAUCGAAGCGGAAGUUGUUUCGUCCAGGGAAAGCUUCUUCAUCAGAAAAAUAAAAAAUAUUCAUCACUGUGGAAAA